UGCUAAAUAGGUAACUGGAGUAAGCCAAAAAGGGUAACCACUGACCACAGCCAUAAAUCAAUUUGUUUCUCUUUCAUCUCUUCCCCAAAUCCCUUUCUUCUCCAACAACUUAGGGUUUCCAUUUUCCCAACAAUGCCCCGCAUUCCCUAAUUACCCCCUUUCUUUCUUUUUGUCAUUUCAUUUUUUUUCCCUCUUAAAUUAUAUUUCUCGACAUGGACGGCGGCGGGUCCACCCCGGCGGCGCCGAUUCCGAACGCGAACGCGCCACCGCCGUUCCUGAGCAAGACGUACGACAUGGUGGAGGACCCUUCCACCGACGCGAUCGUGUCGUGGAGCGCCACCAACAACAGCUUCGUCGUGUGGGACCCACCCGAAUUCGCCAGAGACCUUUUGCCCAAAUACUUCAAACACAACAACUUCUCCAGCUUCGUUAGACAGUUAAACACUUACGGUUUUAGGAAGGUUGAUCCAGAUCGCUGGGAAUUUGCAAAUGAGGGUUUUUUGAGGGGUCAAAAGCACUUGCUUAGGAGUAUAACUCGGCGAAAACCUGCCCAUGGUCAUAAUCAACCGGCUCAGCAACCACAUGGACAGAGUUCAUCUGUAGGGGCAUGUGUUGAAGUUGGGAAGUUUGGGCUUGAGGAAGAGGUUGAGAGGCUUAAAAGAGAUAAGAAUGUGCUCAUGCAAGAGCUUGUGAGGUUAAGACAGCAGCAACAGACCACUGAUAGCCAGCUGCAAGCAAUGGUUCAGCGCCUUCAGGGAAUGGAGCAACGACAGCAGCAAAUGAUGUCAUUCCUUGCAAAAGCUGUCCAGAGCCCUGGCUUCUUUGCUCAGUUUGUACAACAACAGCAAAAUGAUAGCAAUAGGCGCAUAAGUGAAGUCAACAAAAAACGUCGGCUUAAACAGGAAGGUAUUGCUGAAACAGAGAAUGCUGCUGCUCCAGAUGGACAAAUUAUUAAAUAUCAACCUCUGAUGAAUGAAGCAGCAACAGCAAUGCUUAGGCAAAUCAUGAAAUGGGAUACUUCUCGUGUGGAAUCUUUAAGUAAAAACACUGAUAACUACAUGAUUGGUGAUACUUCAUCAUCUUCCAGUGCAAUGGACAGUAGCAGCUCUUCGGGCUGGACUUCUGGAGUAACUCUUCAAGAGGUCUCUCCAGCUACGGUGCAGUCUUCUCGUGCUCCAGCUGCAACUGGGACUCAAGGGCUUGUCCCCUCAACCGUUAAACCUGAAAUUGUAUCUGUACCACCACAAGCAGUAGCUUCUGAAAAAGUUACAAAGGAUGGAACACCUGAUGCACCUUCUAUCCCUGUUUCUGAAGCAGAUGUGAUGAUGCCUGAUCUUCCUCCUAUAACAGAGAUGGUGACAGGAAAUAUUCUUGAUAUUCCCGAAGAAAAUUAUAUGGCUCCUGAGACAGAUGAGGGAUAUAUGGAUCCUUCUUCAUUGGGGGUUAUUGGAUCAUUUCCUGUUGAUUUUGAAGGUAUUUCACCUGAUGCGGACAUUGAUGAUUUGUUAGGCAAUCCUUCUAUUUGGGAUGAUCUUUUGCAAACUCCAGUUCCGGAGGAUAUUGAUACCAACGUGGCUGAAGUAUCCAAAGGGAAUGAGGUCCAGCCAACCGAAAAUGGAUGGAACAAAACUCAGCAUAUGGAUCACCUUACAGAGCAGAUGGGUCUUCUUUCUUCUGAUGCGAAAAGAGUUUGAUUAUCUAUGAAAUUUAUAUUAAUCUUUCAUAUUGUUCAAGUUUCCUUGGUGAGGAGGGAAAAAAGAGAAGACAUUGGUAAUAAUUGUUCAAGGCUUCUGAAAAAUUCACAUUGGUUCUUGCUUGAAUUGGCUUUCUGAACAAGGGCAGAAACAAUGGACAGCAGUGGUACGAUGUUAAGGUGCAGGCUGUUUGUUUCUAUAUCAAUUUUGUUUUAUCCUUACCGAAGUUAUGUUUCAACCGAUGGAAAAUAGAAGGAACAAAGAAAUUGAAUGACAUCAGUCACCAUUGUUUGAAUUGUUUAUGAUAAGAUAUAUUUGAACUUGAUGGAAUUUAUUCCAUUUCUUUUUAUCCAGUACUCUUGCCCUUUAAUUUGGGGGUAUGGGAUAGAACUAACUUCUUGUUUGCCAAUUUCCUUAUCAUUUGGUUUACUUAAAUAAUGAAAUGAAAAUUUCUAUU